CUUUGGCCGACAGAACUUGCUGUGCUGGCUCCAGGCUGCAGAGCAGAGUGUUUCAGUCAGGCCAGCACUAGGACCCUGUGGGGUGUGGAGAAGGGAGCAGAGAGAGAGUGGUUGUGGGAGCAGAAAAAGGAACUCCUUUAUAAGCUGGGCAGGCACUCCUCCUGCUGAACCAGGCAGGAAGGGAAAGGCAGGGACAGGCUCGCCCAAGGGCAGCUGUUGCACCCAGAAGAAAGCAGCCAGCAUUUAGAGCGCCUGACAGGAAAGCGAGUGCUGUGCACUGAACAAUGUGCCCAGGGUCUGCCCCUCGCACCCAAUUGCUGCCUGGCCUCCCCCAAGAGAGCCACCGGAGACAGGCGCUCUGACUGUCCCGAAGUGGGGAAGAUGGAUGAGGAAACAACAGACGACUCGGAGACUUUGCUGGAAAAGCCAGGGCCGGCUGAGCUGAGGAAACCAGUGCUCUUCAGAUCUUACAGGCGGCGAUGGUUCCUGCUGGUGGUGGUCUGCCUGCUGAACUGCUCCAAUGCCAUGCUGUGGCUGACAUUUGCUCCAGUGGCUGACAAAACAGCAGCCUACUUCCACAUCUCCAUGGAUACGAUUAACUGGCUGUCCCUGGUGUACCUUCUCAUAUCUAUCCCGUUUGGACUGGUGGCAACCUGGAUUCUCGACACCGUGGGACUCAAGUGUGCUGUGAUGCUUAGCGUUUGGCUGAACAUGGUUGGAAGUGUCAUCCGGACUUUCAGUGUCAUCAGCUUCCUGAGUCUGGGAUCCCUGACCUACAUGUACCUGUUCAUAGGACAGUGCCUCUGUGCUCUGGCCCAGCCACUUGUCAUUUUUUCUCCAACAAAACUAGCGGCCCUGUGGUUCCCAGACCACCAGAGAGCUACAGCAAAUAUGAUCUCUUCAAUGUCUAAUCCCUUGGGAAUUCUUAUUGCUAACUUGCUGUCCCCUGCACUUGUGUCUGAAGAAAAAGAUAUACCACUGAUGCUUGGACUGUACGCCAUCCCUGCAGUUACAGCCUGCAUCCUCGCCAUGGCUGGUGUUCACGACAAGGUCCCUCCAACUCCACCAUCAGCAAGCGCCACUUAUUCCACCUCGCAGCCAUUUCUCACAGGCUUGAAAAUGCUUCUGAGAAAUAAACCAUACAUCAUCCUGAUGGUCUGUUUUGGAGCAGGGAUUGGGAUGUUCACCUGCUUUUCGACUCUUCUGGAACAGAUCCUGUGUGUAAAGGGAUAUUCAAAUUUCUUUGCAGGCCUGAAUGGUGCAUUGUUCACUGUGUUUGGGUUACUUGGUGCCUUCCUUCUGGGACUGUACGUCGACAAGACCAGAAAAUUUAUAGAAUCCACCAAGGUCUGUUUCUGCCUGGCUGCGCUAGCCAGCAUCGCAUUUGCAGUAAUGUCUCAGUUCAGGAAUCAGGCCAUUCCACUGGCUCUGAUCAGCUCAUUGUUUGGGUUCUUUGGCUUUUCUAUCUACCCCAUUGCUAUGGAGCUAGCGGUAGAAUGCUCCUACCCAGUGGGAGAGGGAACGUCUACAGGCCUCAUUUUUGUUUCAAGUCAGAUCCAAGGAGUGAUCUUAAUGCUUCUAGUGCAAGCCCUCACGGUGCAGAUUUCCGCAGCUCCAUUCUCUACCUGCGACAUUGAGGAAGGUGGAGCGUUAGACUGGACAGUUUCCACGCUGGUGAUGGCUGGAGCAUGCAGUGUUGUAGCCUGCUUCUAUGUUAUCUUCUUUCACUCCGACUACAAGAGACUCCACGCCGAAGCAUCGAAUGACACCUCAGUCAACAAAAUUGGAAUAGAAGCAACAGCUCCUGAAGCCUAAAAUGUCUUAUUUACAACUGUACACUAGCAUGCUGGGAAAAACGGACUAAUCUCUGUGGGAAAGGGCCAGUCACACCUGUGCAUUCAGCUGGCACACUGGGGCCCCGAGCCUGGUAUGGAUCUUAUAGGUGCUACGACAAUACAAAUGCUACUCCAAGUUUGAUGACAGAGGAGCUGAAAUGUUUUCUGUCCCUCUGGUUCUCCACCAGAGCCCGAGCUGGACUUUUAGGACAAAAUGAAAGGGAGGGGGAUUUGUGCUAUUUGGAUCUUGCUAAAGUGAUUAAAAGAACCAAAAAUGGAUUGGACCUCUACAGAGAAAAGAAUAUUCAGUUGCAACAGUAAUUCUGAAGUAUUGCAAGGGAGAUGAACCUGACGUUUCAGGAGUUAAGGCCAUUGUUUAAAUACUAGAGGUUGGGGUUAGAGAAUUGGGGAGUGGGGGGGCAGUUUGUCUGUACCUACCCCUGCAUCUUUCUCUGAGGUAUCUGCUGCUGGCCACUGCUAGAGACAGAACACUGGCCUCAUAGGACCAUGGUUCUGAUCAGUAUGACAAUUCUGAUGGCUUGGGGUGACCUUUCAUCAAGGGAUGGGGGUGGUAAAAACUGGGCAGGUGGGUUUUAUCUUUGCCUGCUGCUGGUUUGUUCAAUGUUCUGUAAGCUCCCAUGCUGGGCACAGCACAUGCUUCUAAAAUCACCUGCAGCAUCUUUACCAGUAGACAUGCAAGGGACAGCCCUGAUAUUUAAAAACACCAAAUGUAAAGGAGAAUUGACACCCUCCCCACUCCCCGAGAAGGAGAGAUUAAGAGCCAGCACAUGUUACGAGACAUGGUUUUAUACCACCCUCCCUCCACCCACUCACCCACUCAUACAGUCAGUGGUGCAGAAUUCAUUUCUAGCCUGUUGCUGCUUCUGCCUUAACACAAACCCUUGACCCAUUUCUAAUAGUUACAAAUUAACAAGCAAAGGCACCUGCUGCCCUCUGAACACCCUGACCCUGGAGCAGGCCUGUGCUCCCUGCCCAGGAGAUGGUGAAGUUAAACAUGAUGCACUAGCACUGUUGGACAUGGCAGGAAAAUGAUGAUUUAGCUCCUUCCCACAGCAGAUACUGUCCAUGACACCCCUAAGAACCCCAAGUAGGGGCAAAGGCCAACCAUCAAUGGGAACCUGCUGGAGGCCAGUAAUGGUAACACAGGGGCGAUUCACCCCUUGGGAGCCUAGACUAAUGCACGGUGUCCUGGGUGAGUGCAGGGGGCUGUAACAGACCUGCAGGUGCUGCCAGAAAAGAUUGAGGCCCAAAGACUAAACGCGACCCAUGGGAAAUUGACAUUUCCAGCACAGGACUUGGUCCAAUUUGAAACAAAACAAUUUUUUCAGACUUUCCAGGGAAGAGGAAAUUCCUAGGAAUCUUUGUUUUGGAACUAUGGACAGGUGGUGUUUCCAAGAGGAAAUAUCUCCCCAGACCCGGUCAGCUGCAGAGUGAAAUUAACACAAUUCACAUCAGUUUUGCUGCUGCCCACCACCAACCAGCAGCUGCAAAAUCAUGUCCGUUUUACUCAGCAGCUGCCUGGCUUUGAAGGGGCUGCACUUCUGGGACAACCCCAGGAAUUCUAGGCUCCCAGCUCCAGGGAGAAAGCUUGGAAGCCUUGCAAGCCCAAGCUCAGGCAUGGCUCUCAGGGCCACCAAGCUCCCAGCCCUGCAGUGGGGAGUUUGGAGGCCCUACAGUCCCCAACUCUGGUGCAGCCUUGGAGCCGCAGACCCUGGAAGCCUGGGGUGUCCAGCAGCUUGCCAGGUGAGCUGGCAGGGAACCAGGGAGGUUUUGUUCCAAACUGCCAUCUGUGGUUUGAUGAACGUUAACUGAACCUGCCCCAUGCCUGUGAAACAUUUUGGGUUAGACAGAUCAGCAUUUUCCAAUGCAACCCUGUGCUGGCAGACAAUUCCUGACCAGUUCUACAGAGGCUACAAAUUUUUGUCCAAGGGAUGCUAAUGACUCCAUCCCUGCCCCCUGCCAUCUCUGCAUUGUAGCUCUCUGUGACCCAGGCACUAUUUGCACAUUGGAAACGGCCAAGACGUGGUUGGGGAAACUUUCCCUUGCUAUAAAAUUGCAGUCUCUUGGGAACAAGCCACGUGGUGUGUUGGCUGUAACACAAACACACAUUAGAAUGGAGGCAGGACCAUUUCAGAUUCCUUCUAGGAGGCAGCAGGGGUAUCUUAAAGUGACGUUUGGGUUGUCUCCCAAGAGCCAUGCACAGAUGUUCUCGUACCUGCAGCCUGCAUAGAAAGGAGGCCUGCUGCCUUUAAGACCCUGCCUCACUCUCCCUACAACCAGGAGAGGUGAUCAUCAGUGUAGAAAUGAUGGGCAGGAGCAGAGGAUUAGCUUCAAGCAGCAUUAACUCUCGGCACAGUCCUCAUUAACUGUAAGGGAGCAGUCAAAGUGGAACCCAGUCAAUAGCAACCAGGAGACUGCUGGAUCCAUGCUGCCAGGACAUAGGGGGAGGGGUCCACAGGGGCCAGGAGUCAUCUGUGAUUUAUAAACUAAAUGACUGUAAUGACUGCAGUGGACAGAAAAUGGAUUCCGACUUCUUUGCAGUGAACUGCAAGCAAAAUGGUUUGUAUCCAAGAUACUUCCACAGCAACACUGCACUGCAAUUCUUUGGCAAGGAGUUACAAAUGAAGUUAAACUUUCCAAGUCUGGAUACUUGUUCCCAUGUAUGGCCAUUCGGUGCUAACAUGCCAUCUGGAGUGGUGCUUGUAAAAAGCUACUGGAUAAAGUGCUGUAAAUGACACUUGCAAAUAUUAGGAUCAGUUUGUCUCGCUCUCCAGUCCACUUACAGAAAAAAGGGACUUGAUGUCCUUCAGGACUUAGUAUUAAGUGAGUUUUAGCACUGCAGAUUGUAUACAGCUCUUUCUCCUAUUGGAGGGAGCUAAUUGUUCAAAAGCAUGUAUUAUUUUGCUCUCGGUACACUGCAAACUAGAUUAAACACAUUUGCAACUCAUUCUUUCUUCCUGCCUUCCUGACUUUAAGGCAUGUGCUGUCACGAGAAAUCUGACUGCAUCUGCAGUGGAAUUUCUUCCUGGUUGGCUAUAGUCUGUGUGAGUGAGAGUCAAACUUCAGGCAGUCUACUGUAGUUCAGUGUGUGAACUGAUCAAGCCUGAGAUUCAGCCAAGGAUUUAGGUUACACUGACACUUGUUGAGGAGCAGGUGCACUGGUCACCUUCACAAUCUCUUUUACUAGUUGAUCACCAUUUGUUAGUUUGUACAGCUACCCAUUAGGCUGUCUACACUACAGAUCUCACAGCAGCACAACUGUAUGGCUGCAACGGCGCUGCUGUAAGGUCUCCUGUGUAGCCACUCUAUGCCAGCAGGACCCCUGGCAUAACUAAACCACCCCCAACGAGCAGUGGUAGCUAUGUCGGCAGGAGAUGCUCUCCCAGCGAAAUACCACUGUCCACAUCAGUGCUUUUGUUGGUGAAACUUAUGUCCAUCAGGGAGGUGUUUUUUCACACCUCCAAGUGACAAAAAUGCUGCUGACAAAAGUGCUAAUAUAGACAAAGCCUUACAUUCCCAUUAGACUCUAAAAUUCACAGAAUGAAGGGGAGGAAUUGUCUAAAGUAGAGGCUUAAGCUGUUAACAGAUUAAGAUUCAAGGAGAUACAUUUUAAGUACUUCAGAAGAACAGACUGUGAAGUUAUCUGACAAGCAGACUUUAGUUUGUCAACUUUGCAACGGUGGCACUAAAUGCCUAAUAAAGUAUGACUGAAAUGUGUCAGCCAUUUCUCAAUCCUGAUCAAAAUGUUCUCGGUACGAUUGGUUUGUAUCUCUGCAAACUGUUCAAUUUAAUAAAUGGUGCUUUUU